AUGGCGGAAAGUACCACGAGCCUAUCUCCCGAAUUCGAUCCCAGAUCUCCUUACUACGUCGAUCCAGAUUUCGAACCCAACGAGAAUUUCCCUAAGGUUAUACUAAGCCAAGCCGACGACAACUACUUCACCUGGAAGAAUCUUUUCCUCCAAUUCCUUCGAAGAAAGAACAAAACCGGGUUCGUCGACGGUACCGUAGAGAUCCCCGAGCCUUCCUCGCCGUUGUAUCAACCCUGGGAAGUGUGCAACGCGAGGGUUAUGUCUUGGAUGAUGAGUUCGGUGAGCGAAGACUUACUAGCCCACGCGGCUUUCGCGGACACGGCGCGUAAAGCUUGGGAGGAUCUCCGGAAGAUAUUCGUCCCGAGCGUGGAUUUUAAGAUCAACCAGCUUCGUCGGAGGAUCUUGGCGAUGAGGCAAGAUGGUGACGAGGUGGCGAGGUAUUUCGGGAGAAUGAAGAGCGCUUGGAUGGAGCUGAGGGAGUACGAUCGCUUGCCGGAGUGCUCCUGUGGUGGCUGCCGUUGCGAGGUGAAGAAAAGAGCGGAGGAGGGGAGGGAGAAGGAGGAGUGUUACGCGUUUGUGAUGGGUUUGGAUGAAGAUUUAGGAUAUGUGAGGACUCAGAUCAUGAUGAUGGAUCCUCUUCCUUCGCUGGACGAAGCCUACGCGCUGGUUAAUAACGAGGAGAAUCUGAAGAAUAUGUUUGGUUGA